CUCCGUCAGAUGGAUCAGACUCCUCCCCCAGACUCCCUCUCUGCCUCCCAGCCUCCUCUCAGUCAUUCAGUCGUGGAGAUGUGGAGAGUCUUUCUGUCCCUCUGUCUGUUCGUUCAGCCCAACUCAGCCGAGGAAGUGAUGCUGCUGGACACCACAGAGUCGACCUCGGAGCUGGGCUGGACCACCUAUCCAGACACCGGGUGGGAUGAAGUCAGCGUCCUGGACGAUCGGGGGAAACUCAUCCGGACCUUCGAGGUCUGCAACGUGAACCAGAACCCCCGUCUGCAGGACAACUGGCUGGCCACGCCCUUCCUGUACCGACACUCGGCGCCUCGGAUCUUCGUCACGCUCAGGUUCUCGGUCCGGGACUGUUCCAGCCUCCGGUCGCCGUCGCCGACCUGCAGAGAGACGCUGACGCUGUACUACAAACAGGCCGACUCUCAGAGGGAGCUGGAGAGGACGUGGGCGGCCGAGCCGUCCAGCGGUGAGAAGGAGACCAGAGAAGGUUGGGUGAAGAUCGACACCAUCGCUGCCGAUAAGAGCUUCUCCAAGGUGGAGCCCAGUUCUCCUCACCAGUACCAGCCCAACAGAUACAGCCGGAUCAACGUCAAGACCCGCAGCUUCGCCCCACUCACCAGGAACGGCUUCGUCCUGGCCAUCGUGGACAGCGGAGCUUGUGUCUCUCUGAUGGGCGUCUCCGUCUUCUACCGCCGCUGCCCGUCCACCAGCCUCUACCUGGCCUCCUACCCGGCCACGCCUUCGGGAGCAGAACCCACCGCUCUGGUUCCCGUCACCGGAACCUGCGUCCCUCACAGCAAGACCCAGGGAGGAACGCCGCCCCGGAUGCACUGCAACGCCGAGGGGGAGUGGAUGGUUCCUGUGGGGGGAUGCGUCUGUGACGAAGGACACGAACCGAACCUGAACGGAUCCGCCUGUCUGGCUUGUCCCGUGGGCUACUUCAAGUCGGUUCCAGGCUCGGUUCCCUGCUCCGUGUGUCCGUCCAACAGCAGGACCAGCCAGGAGGGCUCCAGUGUUUGUGAAUGUCGCAGUGGGUUCUACCGAGCCGCCGGUGACGCCAACUCCUCGGCCUGCACAACUCCUCCGUCUGCUCCCACCUCUCUGUCCUGGGAGUACGAGAGUGGAGACGGCGGGGUGUCCCUGAGGUCGCCCCCGGUGGACAUGGGCGGUCGCAGCGAGGUGUGGUACGGGGUGGUGUGUCGGAUCUGCCCCUCGGCGGCCAUCACCAACCCGGCGUCCUGCUCCUGGUGUGGAGAAGGAGUCACCUUCAGCCCUACCCAGACCAACCUGAAGCAGACCAGAGUGACCCUGAACAACCUGCUGACCAGAGUCACCUACCUCAUCCAGGUGCAGGCCAUGAACGAGGUGUCGGCUCUGAGCCCUUUUCCAGCCCGAUACACCAGCAUCAAUUUCACCACCAGCCAGUCAGUUCCCAGUACGGUUCCCAUGAUGCACCAGCUGAGUCGGGCUCCGGACUCCAUCACUCUGUCCUGGCCUCAACCCGACCGACCCAACGGAGACAUUCUGGAGUACCAGCUCCGGUACUAUGACAAGGGCUCAGACGUGGAUUCUGCUCUCAACGUCUACAGUGAAACCAACACCGCCACCGUAAACUCUCUGAUUCCUGGAUCCAUCUACGCCUUCCAGAUCAGAGCCAGGAACGAGCGAGGAUACGGACCCUACAGCAACACCAUCUACUUCACCACGCUGCCUCUCGAGGAACACUCCCAGCAGAUCCAGAACCGGCUCCCCCUGCUGGUCGGCUCGGUGAUGGGCGGGGCGGCCUUCCUCCUGGUGGUGGCCGCCAUCGUGGUGGUGGUCGUGUUCCGCAGUAAGAGGAGGGAGAGUCCGUACAGUGACAGACUGCAGAGGUACAUCAGCAACAGAGGAGGGGUGAAGUACUACGUGGACCCGUCCACCUACGAGGACCCCAGUGAGGCGGUUAAAGAAUUUGCCCGUGAGAUCGACCCGACCCACCUGAAGAUCGAGGAGGUGAUCGGAGCAGCCCAGUUCGGGGAGGUGUCCCGGGGCCGGUACCGUCCGAUGGGCCGCAGGGAGGUUCUGGUGGCCGUGAAGACGCUCCGCUGGGGGGCGUCGGACCGGGAGAGGGGCAUGUUCCUCAGCGAGGCCGGAGUUCUGGGGCAGUUCGACCACCCCAACGUCCUGAAGCUGGAGGGAGUCGUGACCAGAACCCCCCCGGAGAGGAUCGUCACUGAGUUCAUGGAGAACGGACCUCUGGACGCCUUCCUCAGGGAGAACGAGGGUCAGUUCAGCGUCCUGCAGCUGGUCGGGAUGCUGAGGGGCGUCGGCGCCGGGAUGAGGUACCUUUCUGAGAGGAACUUCGUCCACAGAGACCUGGCGGCCAGAAACGUGUUGGUCAACUCCAACCUGGUCUGCAAGGUGUCCGACUUCGGCCUGUCCAGGCUGAUGAGGGGUCUGGACCACAACAUCCCCACCUACACCGCCUCGCUGGGCAGUAAGAUUCCUGUGAGGUGGACGGCGCCAGAAGCCUUCCAGCAUCGUAAGUUCAGCUCGGCCAGCGACGUCUGGAGCUUCGGCAUCCUGAUGUGGGAGGUGAUGUCCUACGGAGAACGUCCAUACUGGGACAUGAGCAACCAGGAGGUGAUGAAGGCCGUAGCGGAUCAGUACCGCCUUCCUGCCCCCCAUAACUGCCCCGCUGCCCUCCACUCCCUGAUGCUGCAGUGCUGGCAGGCCGACCGGGGCGACCGGCUCGGCUUUGACUCUCUGCUGUCCUCUCUGGACCGGCUCAUCAGACACCCGGCCUCCCUGAAGGCAGAACCGACCCGGAGCUGCUCCCAGCCGCUGCUAAGCCCCACCCCCACCGACCUGUCGUCCGUGGCGACGGUCAGCGAUUGGCUGAAGGCUCUGAGGAUGGAGCGGUACCAGGACGAGUUCGACCGGGCUCACCUGGACUCACUGGACCGGGUCAGCAGGCUCACCAUGGAAGACGUCCAGAACCUGGGCGUGAACCUGUUGGGCCACCAGAGGAAGAUGACGAUCGCAGCCCAGCAGCUCAAAGCCCACCUGAACCAGGGCCAGGUGGAGGUCUGAGCUCCAGAACCUCCUCCUGAACCGGGGCCAGGUGGAGGUCUGAGCUCCAGAACCUCCUCCUGAACCGGGGCCAGGUGGAGGUCUGAGCUCCAGAACCUCCUCCUGAACCGGGGCCAGGUGGAGGUCUGAGCUCCAGAACCUCUUCCUGAACCGGGACCAGGUGGAGGUCUGAGCUCCAGAACCUCCUCCUGAACCGGGGCCAGGUGGAGGUCUGAACUCCAGAACCUCCUCCUGAACCGGGACCAGGUGGAGGUCUGAGCUCCAGAACCUCCUGCUGUGAUGGAGCAUGUUUUAAAACCAAAACCAGAAGAAGAACCAGCGAAGCGACGCCACUCCAAUCAACCAGGAGGCGUGAAAUAGAACCGGACUCGGACUUUUUCUCGCCGAGUCGUCAGAGCGAUGCACUAUGGGAGCUGUGGUUCGGGUCACAGUGAGGCUGCUGAGGACGUUUCCUUCAUGUUUUCACCACGUUUCACUUUAUGGUCGUCUGACUCCUCCUCACCUCCAAACCUUCCGUCCUUUAAACCUCCUCUAUCCUCACCGAUACAAAAAUAUCUUUUGUUGAAUAUUUUAGGGAGAUCUCUCCUCACAAAGAAUUGCGUGAAGACAAUCAAGAAGCCUCUUUUUCUGAUAUUUUUCCAGUUAUUUGUAAAGUUCUAUCACUUCCUCCAAACCUAAAGAAGCCAAAUGUUGGGGGUGGUGUGUUGAGACACAAAAUGACAAAAAUGAGACACAAAACGACAAAAAUUAGACAAAACAACAAAAAUGAGACACAAAACGACAAAAUGAGACACAAAAUGACAAAAAUGAGACACAGAACGACAAAAAUGAGACAAAAUGACAAAAAUGAGACACAAAAUGACAAAAAUGAGACAAAAUGACAAAAAUGAGACAAAAUGACAAAAAUGAGACACAAAACGACAAAAAUGAGACAAAAUGACAAAAAUGAGACACAAAACGACAAAUGAGACAAAACAACAAAAAUGAGACAAAACAAAAAAAUGAGACACAAAACGACAAAAAUAAGACACAAAAUGACAAAAAUGAGACACAAUAUGGCAACAAUGACACAAAAUGACAAAAAUGAGACACAAAAUGACAACAAUGACAAAAAUGAGACACAAAAUGACAACAAUGAGACACAAAACGACAAAAAAUGAGACAAAAUGACAAAAAUGAGACACAAAAUGACAAAAAUGAGACAAAAUGACAAAAACAAGAUACAAAAUGACAAAAACAAGACACAAUAUGACAAAAUGAGACACAAAAUGACAAAAAUGAGACGAAAUGACAAAUGUGAGACACAAAAUGACAAAAACGAGACAAAGUUAUUAAAACGACAAAAGUGAGACAAAAUGACAAAAAUUAGACAAAGUUAUUAAAACGACAAAAAUGAGACGAAAUGACAAAAAUGAGACGAAAUGACGAAAGUGAGAGACAAAAUGACAAAAACAGUUAUCUGUAAAGUCCUAUCACUUCCUCCAAACCCAAAAAAGCCAAAUGUCGGAGGCGGUGUGUUGCAGCAGCCGGCGGUGGAAGAAUCAGGUCCAGAAAACGUCCAAAAACACACCGUCACUGAAGCUAGAAGACGCUGGUAGACACGGCAGCUCGAAGCUUCACCUCGGCUACCAACGUUUCCAUGUCCGUCCACACGUCACCUCCUUCUGAAGCACCGAGUCAUCGUGAAUGUGUGGAACGGGAACGACGGACAAAAUCGGAUCUGAUUUACACUUGAAGGAAGAGAAAUGUGUGUGUGUGCGUGUGUGUGUGCGCGCGUGAGUGUGAGACUAGUGUGUCGGGCUACACACAUUACUAGCUGUUUACUUGUGCGAGUGUUCACCACUGUUCCGUGAUAAUUGUGCAAAUUUGUAAAAUAAAUAUGAUUUUAUUUAAAGAA